AUGGGAGCUUCACCUGAUUUGAGCAACCCCGGCGCGGAGGGCGUCCCCUUCUUCACGCCCGCCCAGAACCCACCCGCAGGAACGGCCCUGGACGCAUCCACGGCGCCGACCCUGUUCAGGCCGCUCAGGAUCCGCGGCGUGACGCUGCAGAACCGCUUCGUCGUGUCCCCCAUGUGCACCUACAGCGCCCGGGACGGGCACGCCACCGACUUCCACCUCGUCCACCUGGGCCAGUUCGCCCUCUCCGGCGCCGCGCUGACCUUCGUCGAGGCCACGGCCGUCGAGGCGCGCGGGCGCAUCUCCCCCAACUGCCUGGGGCUCUGGCAGGACUCCCAGGUCGCGCCGCUGAGGCGCAUCGUCGACUUCGUCCACAGCCAGGGGGGCAAGGCGGGCAUCCAGCUUGCGCACGCGGGGCGCAAAGCGAGCACCCUCGCCAGGUGGGUGAUCGAUGGGACGGGGGCGAACCUGGCUGAGGAGGCUGUGGGUGGGUGGCCUGACGAUGUGGUGGCGCCGAGUGCGAUCCCCUUUGCUGGGGACUAUGCGACCCCGAAGGCGCUGACGGUGGAGGAUAUCAAGAAGCUGGUUCAGGGGUUCGCUGAUGCUGCGAGGAGGGCUGUGGAGGCUGGGUUUGACGUUAUUGAGAUCCAUGGUGCGCAUGGCUAUCUGAUUACGCAGUUCCUUUCGAGCCUCACAAACAAACGUACGGAUGACUACGGCGGUAGCUUUGAGAACCGGACCCGGUUCCUCAGGGAGGUCGUCGCGGCGGUUCGUGCCGUCAUCCCUGAGUCCACGCCUCUCUGGCUCCGCAUCUCGGCGACGGAGUGGAUGGAGUACGCCGACAAGGAGUCCUGGAAUAUCGACGACAGCAUCCGCCUGGCCAAGAUCCUCCCCGGGCUGGCCAUCGAUGUCCUGGAUGUCAGCAGUGGCGGCAACAACAACGAUCAGAAGAUCAAGGUCCACACGCACUACCAAAGCGACCUCGCGGGCCAGAUCCGAGAGGCCGUGCGGGCAGAGGGGCUGGAUCUCAAGAUUGCGGCGGUUGGUCAGGUACGGGAAGCCGACGUGGCUCGCGAGAUUGUGCAGCAGAACGGGGAUGGCAGGGUUGGCGUCGAGCUGGAGAAUGGGCAGGUCACCCGGGCGGACCUUGUGCUUGUGGCCAGGCAGUUCCUCAGAGAUCCCCAGUUUGUGCUGAGGGUGGCUGAGGACUUGAACGUCAAGGUCAAGGGUCCCAAUCAGUACCACAGGGCUGCUGGCAAGCCCAGGCCGAGGACGAAGAUCUAG